GGGCGAAAUGCUUGGCAUAAGUGAAUCGUUUUCAUUAAUCAAACGACAGCGUAACAAGAAGGGCAAGAUUUGAUUCAUUGAGAGUGGGCCAAAUUCGAUUGGAAUCUCAGACAGUUCGUUUAACUUUCUGUUUCUGUUAUAAAUAAAAAAAAAACGAGAUUUUAAAUGCAAUUGAAAUAUGAAACUCUUAGAAUUGGUUUUGUGUCUGAUACCCUUCUGUGCUGUGGCCAAUGCCAAUGUGGAAGUCAGAGAGUUUACCCUUGACUAUAUUCAACACAUCCUGAAUAACACCGAUGAGGAGGAUAACAUCGCUGUGGCCCCCUAUGCUGCCUUCCAAUUGUAUGAAGAGUUGUUCGAACCUAACGCAGUGGGCAGCGAAGAAGACGAAAGCGAAGAAGAUCCCCAAGAGUCUCCCACCAUAAUCAAGCAUCAGCUCAAACAGCAGUCUUUUGUCGAACAAAAUGUUACCAUGAAAGCACGUUGGACCUUCAAUUUCCAGACACGUGAUACCAGCAAAAGACCUUUUCGUCAAUUGGAUGCAGGAGACCGUACUUUUCUGGUGGAUAAUUUGCGCAAAGAUGAUGUUUUUCGCUACACUAAUUUGGAGAAAUUGUUUAAUGCCAGCAUCUUAGAGUUGCCAUUGCAUUUUAAUGAAGUGAAACUUUGGAUUAUAUUGCCACAAAUGGAGGAUGGCUUAGCCGAACUUAAGGACUAUUUGGUGGACAACAUAGAUGUUAUAGAAGAGAUUAGCAACAGUUCAUAUAAAACGGAAUUGGUUCGUGUAAUGAUGCCAAAAUUUAAUUUAAAUUUUCAACAGAAUCUAAGGGAUUUUUAUGACGAGCUUUCAGAUGAGGAUAUCACACAGUAUGAAGACAUUCAUCAGAUAAUAACACUUAAAUUUAAAGAGCAUGGCAUUGGGGACUUUCACAAGAUCAAUGUCCUGUUUUGGAAUGCCUAUUCGGAUUUGAGAAUAGUUCCCAAAGUAGUGGAUAUAAGUCAUCCUUUCCUAUUCAUGAUAACCAAUAAGGAGGGCAUACAAUUCUUUGGCCAAGUAGUGAAAUGCGAACCUUAAAGAAAUCAGUGAAAAAAAAACUUUAAUUAGUGAUCAUAGAUUUAAGUUAAAUUAAAGUUACAAAAAUUAUAAAAGAAAACAAAACAUCAA